AUGGUUCAAUGGAGGAAAAUAUUCGGUAUGGAUGGGAGUGCGGACCAGCACCGUUGGAGAGAUGAGGCUCGUCGCUUGUUGCCGACGUACCACGAAGAUGCGAUACCGUCUGCGAUCCCCGCUCCCGAAGUCACGAAAGUCGCACUGCGUCUGCGAUACCUGAUCGAGGAGAGUGUGCCAUGCGAACUCGAAGAAAGUCGUAUCACGGAGAGUCACAGCCGUGUGAUUACUACGCGGGUGAUCAAGGCUGCGAAAGAGGCUGGAGGGAGAGAAUAUGGUGCUUGUGUGGUGUAUUGUCUGUUGGUCAAUAAGAGGUGGUUUAAGAAGCAAGCCAUGCUUGAACUUUGGGAUGCGGAUUUGCAUAACAUAAGGGCCACGGCGUGUGAGGUUAUUGCGAAACAAUUGAUCGAGACGGAGGAUGAUCUAGAGUAUUUGCUCCAGGAUGUACUGUUGAAACGCUAUUCUAUUAUGAUAGAUGGCGAGCAGACAGCUCCCGCAAAUGUCAUCGAACGCGCAGUGGAUCUUCAUGCUUUGAGAGUUACUGGCUCGUCUGGGUAUCAAAAAUGCGUCAGCUAUCUCUGGAGAGGCUGGUUGGUGCAAGAUGAGAACGACCCGAACAGAUUCGUGGAUUACAAGAAGAAAGAUAAUACUUCCUACUGGCAGCAUGUCGAUCCGGACCGCAUGAGAGCACCAGUCUACCAGAAUGCUACUCAGGUCAUCUUCUCAUUGAUCUACUUGGCUCUGUAUACUGGUGCUGUCAAUACCGUCAAUAAGACCGGGGACUUGGAUGUUGUGGAAAUCAUUCUUUAUAUCUUCACAUUUGGGUUCUUCUGUGAUGAGUUUUCCAAGUGGUGGAAGGUUGGACGGUACUAUAUUGGAUUUUGGAACAUUUUCAAUAUGGUUCUUUACGCUUUACUCACAACCAGUUUGAUUACCAGAUUUAUUGCUCUGAGCCAUCCAUUGGAAGAUGAUGAUGGGCAGAGAGAGAAGUACAACGAGCUAAGUUACAACUUCUUAGCUUUCUCCGCACCUAUGUUUUGGAUGAGACUUCUUCUGUAUCUUGAUUCGAUACGAUUCUUUGGCGCCAUGUUGGUCGUGUUGAAGGUCAUGAUGAAGGAGUCACUCAUCUUCUUCGCUCUCCUCAUCGUUAUUAUCGUUGGAUUCCUACAAGCCUUCAUCGGCAUGGAUAAUGCGGAUUCAAAUGCAGAUGCAACUAUAUUCAUCCUUCAAGCCAUGGCCAAUGCGGUGAUGCAGUCACCGGACUUCUCAGGCUUCGACAAUUUCUCGCCGCCAUUUGGUAUAAUUCUUUAUUACAUCUUCACAUUUCUCAUCAUGGUUGUCUUGCUCAAUAUCUUGAUCGCUCUAUACAAUUCAGCCUACGAAGAUAUUACCGACAAUGCCAUUGACGAAUACAUGGCAUUGUUCUCCCAGAAAACCAUGCAAUUCGUCCGUGCACCCGACGAGAAUGUCUUCAUCGCACCACUUAAUCUUGUGGAGAUAUUUUGCCUGAUUAUACCCCUCGAAUGGUGGCUACCACGUAAGACAUACGCCAAGCUGAACGAUUAUGUCAUGGCAGUUCUCUACAGUCCAUUACUAUUCGUCGCAGCAUGGUUUGAGACUAGGAGUGCCAAAAUGGUGAGAAGUAACAGGAAAAGAGGAGAGGAAGACGACGAUACUGUUGAGGAGUGGGAACAGAUGGCUGGUGAGGUGGACUUUGAGGCCGAUGGAUGGAAUAAGAAGGUUGCGAGUGCCAAACCAAAUGUCGAGGAAGAUCAAGCCACGACUGAGGUCAAGGCUUUGCGAUCUGAAGUCAAGGAAUUGAAAGAUCUGUUGCUGCAAUUGGUCAAGGAGCAAGGCACGGCUACCGGCAAUGGCGCAUAG